AUGACGAGGAUUCACUUUUUGAAUGUCGUUCUGAGCCUCCUGACUCUACUUCCCGUCGUUCUAGCACAAACAUGCUGGAGGAACACGACUUGUUCGGGGCCAGAAGGCAGUGCAUUCGAAGGGCCAUGGGAACAGGGCAUUUAUGCGCCUUCUUCGAGGACUGUUCGUCCUAAGAAGAUUCUGUCCAUCACCAACUUGAGCCUGAACUCAGCUUAUGCACAAGCAAUGCCGGCUACUCUCCAUGGCAAUGGGUCGCUUGUCAUAUUCGAUUUUGGCAUCGAAGUCGGCGGUAUCGUCACUCUAAAUUAUACCUCCUCAGGCAGCGGAGCCUUAGGAAUAGCGUUUACAGAGGCCAAGAACUGGAUAGGCGAAUGGUCAGACUCGUCCAACGGCGCAUUUAAGGGUCCUGAUGGGGCACUGUACACAAGAUUCACCAAGGCUGGAAAGGGCUCGUAUACAAUGCCAGACGAAGCCUUGCUGUUCGUGGUCACGAAUGACUCUACCAAGGUUCAGAUCGAGGAUGUGAGCUUGGAACUUGGCUUCCAGCCGACGUGGUCGAAUUUGCGGGCCUACCAGGGCUACUUCCACUCGAACGACGAACUGCUCAAUCGAGUUUGGUACAGCGGCGCCUAUACAUUGCAAACCAACUCUGUUCCAGUCGACACUGGUCGUCAAGUCCCUAUGCUGCAUAACGGAUGGGCCAAUAAUGCAACUUUGGGUCCUGGUGAUACUAUCAUUGUCGACGGGGCUAAAAGAGACCGCGCAGUUUGGCCCGGUGACAUGGGAAUUGCUGUUCCUUCAGCUUUUGUCAGUACAGGAGACUUGGAGAGUGUUAAGAAUGCUCUCCAAGUCAUGUACAACACGCAAAAUACCACGACAGGUGCUUUUGACGAAUCGGGGCCACCGCUCAGUCAGAAGAAUUCAGAUACCUACCAUAUGUGGACGAUGAUCGGAACCUACAAUUACGUGCUAUUCUCCAAUGACACCGACUUCCUUUCAGCCAACUGGCAGAAAUAUCAAGCAGCUAUGGACUUCAUCUAUGGAAAGACGGGAGCACAGCUGGCUGCUUGGGCAGAUAGCACGAGUUCUCUUGUAGACACGUGGAACACCAGAGCAGAUAAUCUCAAGAAGGCUAUCAAUCAGUACUGCUGGGACGAUGCAUAUGGGGCGUUCAAGGACAAUGCGACGGCCACGACUCUUCAUCCCCAGGACGCAAAUAGCAUGGCAGUGCUUUUCGGCAUUGUCAACCAGACACGCGCUGCUAGUAUCUCCGAGAGGCUGACAGAUAAUUGGACCCCAAUCGGUGCAGUUGCGCCUGAGCUUCCCGAGAAUAUCUCGCCAUUUAUAUCGUCGUUCGAGAUCCAAUGUCAUUUUGCCGCCGGCCAGCCCACCAGAGCGCUCGAGCUCAUUCGGCGAAGCUGGGGGUGGUAUCUCAACAAUCCCAAUGGUACAGAGAGCACUGUCAUUGAGGGAUACCUCGCCAACGGCACCUUUGGCUACAGAUCUAGUCGCGGUUACUCGUACGAUGCCUCCUAUGUUUCGCAUGCACAUGGGUGGUCUGCAGGGCCGACGUCUGCCCUAACCAACUACGUCGUCGGCCUUUCAAUUACAUCGCCUGGAGGGAUGACUUGGAAAAUUGCGCCGCAAUUUGGUGAUCUCAAGUCUGCCGAGGCCGGAUUUACAACAUUGCUGGGGAAAUACAAAGCGUCCUGGAAGAGAUACUCGAAGGGAUACAUGCUCCAAUUCUCAGUUCCUCAGGGGACAAUGGGAACACUCACUUUGCCAUUUGUGAGAAGUCCAAAGAAGCCUUCUAUCAAGAUUGACGGACACGACAUCAAAAGGGGGUUGGCGUAUGAAAAUGAAACCGCAACUGUCACACAGGGAGCCAUAUCACGCUCAUUUCCCUGGCGUACUUGUGGCCAGUGUCUCCGACGCCAAUAUCUCCAAUCGAAUCACCUACGCUCCGCCGGCCGUUUUUUCUCGACCGUCAGUCCGCUCCGCACCGCUGCGAAGAACCCCCUUCGAUCGUCAGGAAAUGCGCGCACACGCGAGGCUGAGAUUGCACAAUACCGGCGGUCGAUGACUCUGUCUGCGGCCGGAAUUGCGGCCUGUGCCGUGGCCAUGUAUGGAGUCAUCAAGAUGGACCUGUUUGGUCUUUCCCAGCUCGAGGAGACCAAGCCCGCGAACAACGACAGGAACAGCGAUGCGAACAACGGAGCGCUAAAGCUGGACGGCCCAGACGGCUUCCCGAGUAGCCCGUCGGUGAUCCGCAUUCAAGGACAAGAUGGUGUCGAGCAGGUCGCCACAGGCACCAGCACCGUCCCUCACUUCCCCAGCACGAUCCGACUCCCCAGGUCCCUCGACGACCCCUCGCUCAAGUCCGGAGAAGACCUCCCCGCGGGCCCUGGCGUGGAAGAGGACGAAUACCAGCUCCUGGGCCUGGGGAUCCGCACCGUCUCCUUCCUCCAGAUCCAAGUGUACGUCGUCGGCCUGUACGUCGCCAAGGAGGACAUCUCGGAACUGCAGCAGCGGCUGGUCCGCACGGCGGUGAACCCGCCCGGCCGGGACAGCGUCAUCCGCGAUACUCCGGGCGCGACGUCAGCGACGUCGCUGGUCUCGACCGAGCGGCAAGGGCUGAAGGAGCUGCUCCUGGAUCCGGAGAUGGGCGAGGCCGCGUGGGCCCAGAUCCUCAAGCAGGACGGGCUGCGCACGGCGUUCCGGAUCGUGCCGACGCGCAACACGGACUUCUUGCAUCUGCGGGACGGCUGGGUGCGGGCGAACGCAAAGGCUAAGGAGGGCGCUGCGGGCGCUCCCAGCGAGUUCGAGGAUGAGUCGUUUGGGGCUGCGAUGAAUGAAUUCAAGAGUCUGUUUGGGGGUGGGCAGCGGAAGAAUGUCCCCAAGGGGCAGACCUUGCUUCUGGUAAGGAACGCCCGCGGGGAGCUCAAUGCGCUGUUCCAUCCUGAUCCCGCGAAGCCGAUGCGUUUCCUUGGCCGGGUCGCCGACGAGCGCAUCAGCCGUCUGGUGUGGUUGAAUUAUCUGGCCGGGAAGACGGUCUCCAGCGAGGGAGCGCGCCAGAGUGUUGUGGAUGGAGUAAUGGGGAUUGUGGAAAGACCGGUUGGAACUGUAGUCCUGAAGGUUGUUUAAUUUAUUCUUCUACUGUACUAUAAUAUUCCAUCUCAACCCAUGAACAC